AUGGAUCCCGCCGCGGGCUGCGUGCGCGGCCAUCCGGCCGUCGCCGCCCCGCAGAGCCCCCUGUCCGCGGCAGGCGCGCAUUUCCGGGCCGCCCACCAGCCGCAGCGCAUCGGCCGCCGCUGCCCCGGGAGAGCCCAGAGCCGCUCCCAACGGUUCUCUGAGUUUUCCUGCCAACUCUCUGUCCCCGCACUCCCUGCAGAUGUCAAUGUGGCUUUGCGCAAAAUCGCCAACUUGCUCAAGCCAGACAAAGAGAUCGUGCAGGACGGCGACCAUAUGAUUAUCCGCACGCUGAGCACUUUUAGGAACUACAUCAUGGACUUCCAGGUUGGGAAGGAGUUUGAGGAGGAUCUGACGGGCAUAGAUGACCGCAAAUGCAUGACCACAGUGAGCUGGGACGGGGACAAGCUCCAGUGUGUGCAGAAGGGUGAGAAGGAGGGGCGCGGCUGGACCCAGUGGAUCGAAGGGGACGAGCUGCACCUGGAGAUGAGAGUGCAGGGUGUGGUCUGCAAGCAAGUAUUCAAGAAGGUGCACUGAUGUCCAGGCAGACGACCUUGGUCUCAAGGAAUGAGUGGUGUGGACAUGUGGGCCAGCAUCAUCGUCUUGGCAUGGCAUGGGGCAGAAAUGACAGCCAUUCCCAGGCACCUGUUAGCAGACUCUGUCUCUUGGCUUUGUCUCUUCCUCUUCUUAAAAUGAAGCCAUAUCAAUAAAAGUGAUCUCUGUUCAAGACA